AAUUUCGAAAAUAUCGCAUAUCGUGAUAAGAGAAAAAAUAUGAAAAACUCAUUUAAUUUAAUUAAUAAGCUAGCUAGUUUUCUCAUAAUAUGCUUAGUGUUUGCUUCAGUUAAUGCUUUGUUUGAAGAUCAAAUUGGAAAAUUUGAUUGGCGACAGCGUUAUAUAGGAAAAAUUAAAUUCGCUCAAUUUGAUCCAGUAACAGCUGAUAGAGCAUUUGUAGUGACAGAAGAGAAUGUUCUUGCAACUUUGUCUAGUAGAAAUGGCGAUAUUCUGUGGCGUAGGAUAUUGGAAACUGAUGAAUCACGAGGCUUAGUAAGAUUUCUGUAUGUCAACAAAGAUUCGAAGAGUGUUAUGAGAAGAACGGGAGAGGAAGCUGAUGUUUUUGAAUAUGUCGCUAAUACAGGUCAACAAAAGACAGCAACAAGUAGCAAAAUUACUGCCGGUUGGAUCACUAAAGACAAAUGUUUGUUGACUGGAAACAGUUUCGUUUGCUUAGUGAAGGAUCAACUUCUUGUUCUGGAUCUUCUCGCUAAUCAAAAUAAUGUUAGAACUAAAGCAUUGGAUUCCCCAGCAAAUGACAUUAAAUUAAUUCUUGGUCAAGAUGGAUUCAUUCAAGUUGGACGUCAAGUGAUUUCUUUAAGUGACCUUCGUGUGGUGUUCGAGAACAGAAAACUCGUAAAUGUUUUCAUGGACAACAGUUUAAUUCAACUUGUGAAGGAAAAUAACGAAAUUAAAAUCAAAAUGGAUGAGCAAGAGUUGACAACACUUGCAGAUUUACCAGAAACAAUUGACAAUAAUUUGAAUAUUUUAUGUGUCAAGUGCAAGCCAAAGAAGGAUAACAUCGGGCAACUUGCUUGUCGUUUCCUGCUUUCAACCGAUGACGGUGCAAUCGUCUUGGUACAACAAAGCAAGAUCAAAUGGAUAAGAGAAGAAGCUUUAACGCGAAUCGAUUCUGUGGAACUUCUUGACUUGACGCUUUCCGAUGCUCAAGGUGCGAUUGAAGAAGAACUCAACAACCAAGACGCUGAUAUUUGGAGUUCAUUGUACCGUCGACUUCACAGUCAAUAUGGGAUGGUGAAAAAUAUUGUUCUACAUGUUCUUGGAUUGGGACCACCUCCGUCUUUCUCAGAACGUGCUGGUCUUGUUCGCGAUGAUUUUGGACUUCAUAAGAUGAUGGUGAUUGUAACAGAAUCAGGAAAGAUGUUUGGCAUUGACAGCGUUUCAGGCAAACAACAUUGGGUUCGAAUUCUGCCAAACUUUACAAGAUUUCCAAAUGAUCAAAGUAUGAAAGUUCUCGUUCAACGAACUUCAAAAUAUUAUCCAUUGUCAGCACAGUGCGCUGUUAUUGCAAGAGAUAAGGAAACUGGUAAUGGAAUCUUGUACGAGUUCAAUCCAAUCUCAGGUCAACCAAUCAACGGUGGCAUUAAAAAGCUUGGAUAUAAAAUCCAACAAGUUUCAUUGCUACACAAGAGCGGUGAAAACUUUUUACGUGCAAUUUUGUUCAUCGAUGAUAAAAACGGCGUUCAUGUGCAACCGGAAACUUCACUUGCAAUGGUUGAUGGAUUUUUCUUUUAUGUUGCUAAUAAGAAUACCGGCGAUGUUACUGGCUAUCAGAUUCAGUUCGAAAACAAUGAAGCGACUUCGUUACCAAUAUGGUCUUUGAAUCUUGGCGGAACUGAUAAUGAGCAAAAGAUUACAGCAAUUGCAGCGAAGAAUACAAUUGAAAGAGUUCACUCACAAGGACGUGUUUUAGCUGAUCGUUCUGUUCUUUACAAGUACAUAAAUCCAAAUUUAAUUGCAAUAACAACUGAGGGACCCGACGCUGUUCAUAAAAACAUCUUAAAUGUUUAUCUUGUUGACGUUGUUAGCGGCAGCAUCGUCUUUUCUAUUAACCAUCGUCGUGUCAAAGGACCCGUCAAAAUCGUUCAUUCAGAAAAUUGGCUCGUCUACACAUUUUAUAAUGAAAAGAUUCGUCGAAACGAAAUCACAUCGAUCGAAUUAUAUGAGGGCAAAACACAAACAAAUAGCACGGUUUGGAGUUCAUUGAAUUCAACUCCAUUACCGCUUGUCGAACGUCAGACAUUCAUUAUAUCAAGUAGCGUCGCAGCAUUACGUGAAACGAUAACAGAGAAAGGAAUAACGAACAAACAUGUGUUGAUUGGAAUGCAUUCAGGAGCUGUAAGUGAGAUGUCAUGGGCUUUGUUGGAUCCAAGAAGACAUUCAAUGAUUUCGCCCGAGAAGCAACGAGAAGAAGGAAUAAUUCCUUACAUCCCUGAAUUACCAUUGCAGCAUGAAAGUAUUAUCAACUACAAUCAAACUGUUUCAAAGAUCAGUGGAAUUUACACAGCACCAAGUGGAUUGGAGAGCACUUGUUUGGUUCUAGUCUAUGGUCUUGAUUUGUUCGUGACACGAGUAUCACCAUCAAAGACAUUUGACUUAUUAAAAGAAGAUUUUGAUUACUUCUUGAUCUCAACUGUCCUAAUUGGACUCACAUCAGCAUCUUAUAUAGUCAAGCAUUUAGCCGCAAAGAAAGCAAUUAAGCAAGCAUGGAAAUGAGGUUAAUAAUUUAAAUGAAUGGUGGAAGUAUCAGGUAGCUGCAAAUCAUUGAUUAUUUAAUUAGAACUUUGCAAUAAAGACAAAAUUUGAAAAUAGAA